AUAACCUCAAGUUCCUAUAAGGUAGGUACUAUUAUUGCCAUUCUACAGAUUAAGAAAGUAAGGCCCAGAAAAGUUAAAGUUAUUGGUUCAAAGUUGGUAAGUGCUCUACUAUAUUCUUCUUUCUAUCCUAUACUCAAGUAUGACCACAGGCUUGAAAGGACCCUCUGGUCCCAGUGUGACUGCUUGAGGUAGCCCUGAGAACUUCUGAAAUUUUCAGCACGUUUGGAUACAGGUGGGUAUUCAGCAGAGACUCUGUGGGCCCCAUGCUCUUAUCCAGUCAGUGGUGCCUGAUUGUGGAUCACCGGAGAACUGCACAGAGCAUCAGUGCAGCUGUAAUAUCUGUGGAUCUCAAUUUACUCAUGCCUGAUACUGAAUAUAGAACAACAAUGUAAAUGUUUAGCUGACCUAUCUUUGACAGUAAAGAGGUUGUUUUUAGCAACCUCCCACUUUUUUUUCAUUGUAUUUUUCCCUGGUGGUAGCCAUUCAAUAAGUAAAUCAGUCUAGGUUUGCCAAUGUAUCAUUUCAAUUAGAAUUUUUAUUGACUUUGACCCUGAAUCUUUCUUACUUUCUUUCCAGAAAUCUGGUUGGAGUUGGCAAGUGAGAGAAAAUGAAUUCUUUUUCUCAUUUACCUGCAGAGAAUUUAACUGCUGCAGUUAAUAUGACCAAGACUUUGCCUACAACAGUAAUUCAUGGAUUUAAUUCCACCAAUGAUGCACCUUCAAUGGCAAUAACAAGGCUUUUUCCAGCCUUACUAGAAUGCUUUGGCAUAGUCCUUUGUGGCUAUAUAGCAGGAAGGGCCAACAUCAUAACAUCAACACAGGCCAAAGGACUGGGAAAUUUUGUCUCUAGAUUUGCACUUCCAGCUUUAUUAUUCAAAAACAUGGUUAUACUUAAUUUUUCCAACGUGGAUUGGUCUUUCCUAUAUAGUAUCUUAAUUUCCAAAGCUUCUGUAUUUUUUAUUGUAUGUGUAUUAACCUUAUUGGUUGCCAGUCCUGACAGUCGAUUUAGCAAAGCUGGACUAUUCCCUAUUUUUGCUACACAGAGUAAUGACUUUGCAUUGGGAUACCCUAUAGUUGAAGCUUUAUAUCAAACUACAUACCCAGAAUAUCUGCAGUACAUUUAUUUGGUGGCACCAAUAUCUCUUAUGAUGUUAAACCCUAUAGGGUUUAUCUUCUGUGAAAUCCAGAAGUGGAAAGACACUCAAAGUGCUUCUCAAAACAAAGUAAAAAUUGUGGGACUUGGAUUUCUGCGUGUAUUACAGAACCCGAUAGUAUUUAUGGUCUUCAUUGGCAUUGCUUUCAAUUUUGUUCUUGAUCGAAAGGUGCCUGUAUAUAUAGAAAAUUUUCUUGAUGGACUCGGAAAUUCUUUUUCUGGAUCAGCCCUAUUUUAUCUUGGUCUUACAAUGGUAGGAAAAAUAAAGAAACUGAAGAAGUCAGCAUUUGUUGUACUAAUUCUUCUCAUCACAGCUAAACUCCUGGUGCUGCCACUUCUGUGCAGAGAAAUGGUGGAACUCUUGGACAAGGGUGACAGUGUAGUGAACCAUACAAGUUUAUCGAAUUAUGCAUUUUUGUAUGGUGUCUUUCCUGUAGCACCAGGAGUGGCUAUCUUUGCAACACAGUUCAACAUGGAAGUAGAGAUUGUAACCUCAGGGAUGGUAAUAAGCACAUUUGUGUCUGCUCCGAUCAUGUACGUUUCUGCCUGGUUACUGACCUUUCCCUCCAUGGACCCUAAGCCAUUGGCAUAUGCCAUCCAGAAUGUUAGUUUUGAUAUAAGUAUUAUCAGCUUGGUCUCCUUGAUCUGGUCUCUGGCUAUUCUUCUUUUGAGUAAGAAAUAUAAACAGCUUCCUCAUAUGCUUACAACUAACUUACUCAUUGCUCAGUCUAUUGUCUGUGCUGGAAUGAUGGUAUGGAAUUUUGUUAAAGAAAAAAAUUUUGUUGGACAAAUUUUGGUGUUUGUUCUAUUGUAUAGCUCCCUCUAUAGCACCUACCUGUGGACAGGUCUUCUAGCAGUUUCCUUGUUUCUUUUGAAAAAGCGAGAGAGGGUACACAUUCCUGUUGGAAUCAUCGUCAUCGCUGGCUGGGGAAUUCCUGCUGUCCUCGUUGGUGUUCUCUUGAUAACUGGAAAACACAAUGGAGAUAGCAUUGAUUCAGCCUUCUUUUAUGGAAAAGAGCAGAUGAUCACCACUGCAGUCACCCUGUUCUGCAGCAUUCUGAUAGCUGGCAUUUCACUCAUGUGCAUGAACCGUACCACCCAAGCAGGACGCUAUGAAGGUUUUGACCAGUCUCAGAGCCACAAAGCAGUGGAGCCUGGAAACACUGCUUUUGAGGAGAGUCCAGCGCAAAUAAAUGAACCAGAACUUUUUACAAGUUCUAUCCCAGAAACAAGUUGCUGCUCCUGCUCCAUGGGAAAUGGUGAAUUACACUGCCCAUCAACAGAGCCAGUAGCAAAUACAAGCACCAGUGGGUCUGUGACUCCUCCAUUUGAGAAAGAUGAUCAUUGUGUGAGUCGCUGUACCUCCCAGAGCUGCAUGUUAGCCCAGGAAGAAGAGCAGUAUCUACAGAGUGGAGACCAGCAACUGACUCGACAUGUGUUCCUCUGUUUACUUCUCAUUAUUGGCCUGUUUGCUAAUCUUUCUAGUUGUUUGUGGUGGCUAUUUAAUCAAGAGCCUGGAAGACUAUAUGUUGAGUUACAAUUUUUCUGUGCCGUGUUUAACUUUGGCCAGGGUUUUAUUUCUUUUGGAAUCUUUGGAUUGGACAAACAUUUAAUCAUCCUACCUUUCAAAAGAAGACUUGAAUUCCUAUGGAACAAUAAAGACACAUCAGGAAAUAGGGAUUCUCCUGUUUCUGAAGAAAUAAAAAUGACCUGUCAACAAUUUAUCCAUUAUCACCGUGACCUCUGUAUCCAAAACAUUGUCAAGGAAAGAAGGUGUGGUGCAAAGACUUCUGCUGGGACCUUCUGUGGCUAUGACCUGGUGAACUGGCUAAUUGAAGUUGGCCUUGCCUCUGACCGUGGUGAAGCUGUGAUAUACGGAGAUAGACUGGUGCAAGGCGGAGUCAUCCAACAUAUUACCAACGAAUAUGAAUUUCGGGAUGAGUACUUGUUUUACAGAUUUCUUCAGAAGAAUCCUGAACAGAGUCCUCCUGUUAUUAAUGCAAACACCUCGCAACAAGAAAGAUAUAAAGAAAUUGAACAUUCAUCCCCCUCCUCACUUUCCCGUAAGACCUAAAUUAUGAAGGGGAGAACCCCAUAAGGAAUCAUGUUCUAGUCCCAGAUGUGUUACAUUUUAGCUGUGUGACCUUAGGCAAGUUACAACCUAAGCCUCAGUUGCCUGUUCGACAAAAUUUGACAAGAUGCAUUCCCACCCCAUGCUAAGGGUCUGUGAUUUUAUGUGUAUGUAAAACACAUAGGAAACCAACUUAGGAAAAAGAGAAAACCAAAUCAAAAUUUGAAGUUCUGAUAAUGAAUAUAAUAAUUACUGUAAAUAAUACUAAUGUGCCAACAUUUUAAAAUCAUUGCUUUCUGCAUCUGUUUGCUAUAAUUUCAAAAUCAACAUCUGAUUAACUUUUCCUUUAAAUUGCCACUUGCUGGCAGGAAGUGGACCUUAAAUUAAGAUAACUUUACAUUUAUUUACUGAUAGCACCUCCUAAAAAAGAAUGUUAAUGGUUCUAAUAAGAGGUUCUUAUUCUUUUUAUUUUUUCCAUUUCCUUGACAAGUAGUACUCAUUUAAAAACCACAAGCAUUAUUUUUUUAAGGUUUGUCUUUUCUUUCUUUUCUAUCCAAAGUACUAGUAAGCACCAUUAGGAAGGGAAUAAAAACCUCCAUAAAUAUUAUCUCCACAGUCCUUCAACAGAAAUAUAAUCUGAUCUUUAACUUUUGUACUACAAAUAAUAAUUUGGGCGGAUUCAUUUAAAUUUUAUCAACAAAACUACUGCCAUGUGAUGUAUUGUUUCUGGUAUUUGCACACAGCAUCACCAUGCAGAAGGAUAACCUUUCUAUUUUAUUCUCUGAAGUUAAAACAAAAACAAAAACCCAAAACCACUAUAUAGUUGAAGCCAACAUUUUAAAAUCUAAAUGUAGCAUCUGAUUGUUACAUUUAGAAUUCUUAUUAAACGUCCAUGUAUAAAAAUCUAUAAAUUUUUAAAUUACUAAAUGUUGCCCUCUCUCAGUCCAUUUAGGCUGCUAUAACAAAAUA